CUGCUGUUUGGGCGGCCCCGGGGCCGCUCCCGUUUAAAGGCUGGUGGGGGCGGUGCGCGGGCGGCAGAGCGGUGGUGUUGGGUUGGGGCUGCUGGAGCUGCUCGCUGCAGAGGUGCAAAGAUGGGGUUCUUCACGUUCAUCAAGGUCAUGAUGAUCCUCUUCAACCUGGCCAUAUUUCUCGGUGGCGGGGCCCUCCUGGGUGUCGGCAUCUGGGCCACGGUGGACGGGCAGUCCUUCCUGAAGAUAUUUGGGACGCUUUCGUCGAGCGUCCUGCAGGUCGUGAACGUCAGCUACUUCCUCAUCGUCAUCGGUGCCAUCUUGGUGAUCAUCGGCUUCCUUGGGUGCUAUGGUGCCCAGAAGGAGAGCAAAUGUCUCCUGAUGAUGUUCUUCUCUGUGGUGUUGAUCAUCUUCAUUGCCGAAAUCGCUGCUGCCGUGGUGGUUCUGGUCUACACGAGUCUUGCAGAGACGUUUCUGACAGCUGUGGUGACUCCCAUCCUGAAGGAGAAGUACGGGGCUGAUGAUGAUUUCACACGCAUAUGGAAUGCCACCAUGACGGAGGUCAACUGCUGUGGCCUGAAUAACUAUACAGACUUUGAAAACUCCCCGUGGCAUAUGCAGCACAAAACCUACCCCCCUCCCUGCUGCGAUGACAAGUACCCAUGCAACGAAUCUCUCGCGGCAGCAAGUCACGUCAAGGGUUGUUUUGGCCAGAUUUUGGAAGACAUCAAGACGAACGCAGAUGUGGUGGGCGGCGUGGCAGCCGGCAUUGCCGCCUUGGAGAUCGCGGCCAUGGCUGUCUCCAUGUACCUGUACUGCCACCUGGACCAGAAGUGACCCCCGGCAGCAGCAGGAAGCCGUGCCCCCCCCCCUCCGUGUGCCGGGGUGCUCCUGACGGCCGCACCACUCUCUGGGCCUGAUGCCGUCCGGUGCACUGUGACCUUAGAGCUGUUUUGAUCUACUGAGCUGGGAUCUGUAGAAUUUAUAUGUAUAUUUUUGUACUGAUAUGGCGUAAUGCAUCUGUACAUAGAGUUUUUUUUUUUUUUGUUGUUGUUUUUUUUUUUUAGGGGGGGAGGGGGGAAGCCGCCCAGUCUGUUUUGCUGAUGCCAGCAGGAGAUAUGGCCCAGGCAACGAUCAGGGUUGCUGAGCAGGCAGCGGCCCUGCCCUGACCAACCCUUGUGGUUCUUUCCCCGUGCUGCCACCUCCCUGUCCCUGGCCUUACUUUGCUGACUGGGGACAGGGCUGUGUCCCUGACCGGCGUGGUGAUGGCUGCACCCCCAAACUGGGGUCCCUGUGCUGGUCCCAUGGGGUCACUGCCCCUGGCGUGGAGCACAGCCCUGUAGGUCCCUGCUGUGAUUUCAGUGUGAAAACCCUCUUCUUAAUGUAAAGAAAAAUACAAUUAUAUAUAUAUUUUUUGUCUUGGAUGAAAGCUGUUUUCUGCUGUCUUCUUCAAUAAAUCUGUGUACCUGCA